AUGGCCGAAUAUCAACUGCCAAAGAUUCGUCCUCUGGGCAAACUUGAAGAGAUCGCGGCUGCUGCACAUCACAUAGACUUCUUUACCAACUGUGCCAUUUCAGCUCACUACAGAGCAUCACCACCCUUGCCUAAUAUUGAUCUUGAGCCUCUUGUUCUUACAGCUCUAUCACAAAUUCUCAAUCAACAUCCCAUCCUCUUUGCUAUACCUGUUGUACCAGACACUGAACAACCUUACUGGGGUCGCCUUCCUUCAAUUGACUUGAGGCAGGUUGUGUCUUUUAUUGAAAGAUCUUACCCAUUGUCUUCUGAUUUACAGACUGAUAACGAGCUUGAUUCGCUACUUGAGAAUCGACACAACACCAGUUUCAAGGCUGGAUAUGGCACCCUACCGGUAUGGAGACUGAACAUUCUUCAAGACUACCGCUCAGAGGAUGGGUUUGUGGCCUCUUUUUUCUAUCAUCACUCUAUGUGUGAUGGAGUAAGCUCUCAGAUCUUUCAAGAUGCAUUCCAAAGCGCUCUCUGCGAUAUCUCAUCCGGCGCGGUAGAGAUUCAGUCAGUUGGAGUUAUUUCUUCAGACGAUAGUACCAUCUCUUCGCCUUUGGAAGAUCUCCAUCCCCUUCCUCUCCCUGAGAACCCACCGGUGCCCGAUGCUGCCAACUUGAACGAGUGGAGAGGCAGUACAGUCAGCGUUCCUUGCAAGACGAGAUACAAGUCGCUCUCGUUGUCGCCACAAGUUCUACAAACCUUUGCACAAGAUUGUAAAAAGAACAAGACAACUGUCACAGCAGCGCUUCCGGCUCUUGUAGCCAAAAUCCUGUAUGAUAGUCUUCCAUCUACAACAGAGGCCUUGACAUGCAACCUACCCGUCAGUCUGCGUUCUGAUCUGCCGCCAAAGCAGGUCGACAAUGUUCUGGGUAACUUCAUCGAUGCUUUCAAGGUGCAGUUGCUUCGGUCGGACUUGGACCAGAGCCCAGAUGGCACUACUGCAAUCUGGAAACAUGCGAAGAAAGUUCAACAAACUACCCGGCGGUACUUCGCCAAUGCUUCACCUUCUGGAGAGCCAUAUGCCAAUGUGGCUGUGUUUAAACUCAUUCCAGAUAUCAAAGCAUUUCUGGCUAGUACUGUCGGUAACCCCAGAGGCGAGGCCUUCGAGGUCUCCAAUCUUGGACAUUUCCCUGAGCCCAAAAACCUCAAAGGGGAUGGUCAUCCAUCUUGGCGUCGGGGCAAGUUAUUACUGAGUCGGUGCGCAUUUGCUCCUGGAGCCCCAUUGGUGAUUUGUAUAAUUGACAAUGAGGAGUCUGUUGGUUUUGGCUUCACUUGGCAAGCUGAUGUAGGUGAUGAUGAAGUCGUGGAGAGUGUGGUCAAUGGACUGAAAAGUUACUUUCAUUCUUAG